AUGGACUCCGUUGCCGGCGGGGAUGAUGCCCGCGUGCACAUAAGAAACGACACACAACCUCCUGGCACCAACAACCUCACUGCCCAUCUCUCUCCCAAACCCCAAAUACCCGAGAUGCCCAUCAUCAUCGACCAUACAGCGUAUCCCCUGCUCAUGGACCUCAUCAUCGGGUAUGCGCCGCCCGAGUCGCUCAAGCAGCUGAGCGCCACGUCGCGGUCCUUGCGACGGCGGCUCCUCCACCACGCCGAGCUCAAGGUGGCGCCCGGCGCGAAGAAGGUCAAAGUGCCGGGCCAGUAUGACCCCCAGGUAGUGACGUGGGGCGACAACGAGAACAUACACCCUCCCUUUGUGCUCACCGCCGCGGACAGCGGGCAGACCCUUCCCCUCCUCCCGGCCGCCGUGCGCGUCCUCGACCAGGUCACGACUUACCGCCCGAGCCCUGCCCUCGGAGACGCAUUCACCUCCAUCGCGACCCUGCGGCGCAUGAACGGCGCGUUCGGGAUGAAUGGCUCGUCACCGUUCCACCCCGCCCUGACGGUCGUCGACUUUGUGCGCGUCGCCAAGCAGGAGGAGGAUCCCCGCGUGCGGUGGAACGGGGAGAGCAAGAUCAAUGCCAUCGUUCCGCCCGGCACGACGCGAUACAUCCUCCACAUGCGUGUCGACGACCCCGCGACGAAGGUGAAGUACGGCAACCAGAUUGUCGUGGUGAACAACUUUGUUGGCGUCGAGGACCUCGUCUUCGUCUGUUGGUUCCCCGGACCAAAGGUCAAGGGCCAGAGGUUCAACAGCACGUUCCUGUACUCUGCGGUGAUUUCCGCGCUUGAGGAGUGGUCCGGCACAGGGCUCUCGGUCACGAUCGUCGGACUCGAACGCGCCCACAACCCGCCGAAACUCGACACCCUAUGGACCGAGAUGGGGCGAUACGUCUCCUCGGCUGAACGCACGUACGGGCAAGAGACUGAGGUCGUGUGGUGGGGCGACGGCGAGCGAAAGGAGCAGGUACGGAGCGCCAUCCGCUCGCUCGCUGUCGAACAGUGGUGGGCCGAGCUGGGGUCGGAGCGUAAGGACAUCGAGGGGGUGUGGCCGGCCGCAGCGGACCGCGAGCCCCUACUCUAG